AUGUUAACAUCACGAGAAGGAUUCACAGUCGACGUGAUUGCAAGAUGGCUCCGAAAAUCAGUCCUCAAUCCAUACCUCUCAAUACCGCUUGCGACCGGGCUGGCGGUGGUAUCAGCCAAAAAGAACAGAGCGGUCAGACUCUCAGACAUCAGAUUUGAUACCGCCCAGCGCGUUGCGUUCCUCGCGGCUCUAGCAAGCUUUGUCUUGUCGACUACAGAGUAUCUCAACAAGUGGUCGGCAAACAACUGGACGACGGACCACACAUGGGACUUUGACAAAGAGAUCAUCGUUGUCACCGGCGGCAGCAGCGGUAUCGGCCACAGCAUCAUCAAACAUAUCUUGGCCAGGAGCCCGCGGGCGAAUAUUGUUGUUGUCGACUUGGCUCCGUUGUUAUGGGAGCCUCCCAAAGGCUCCAAGGUUCACUUCUUCAAAUGUGAUCUGACCGAUACGAAGGCGCUCAAAACUCUUUGCACAAUGAUCCGAACUCAAGUCGGUGAUCCCACCGUCCUCAUCAACAAUGCGGGAAUCGCACGGGGCUACAGCGUCAUGGAAGGCUCGUACGCGGACGUUGAGUUAACCAUCAAGACCAACUUGCUCGCUCCAUUCCUUCUUACGAAAGAGUUCUUACCGUACAUGGUUCGCACUAACCAUGGCCACAUCGUCAACGUCGGAUCGAUGAGUUCUGUGGUGCCGCCAGUGAGAAUUGCCGAUUAUUCGGCUACCAAGGCAGGACUUACCGCAAUGCAUGAGUCACUCCAACUUGAGCUGAAGUACAUUCACAAAGCUCCCAAAGUUCGCCAAACGCUCGGAAUCUUUGGCUUCAUCCGAACGCCGCUGGUCCCGUUCGAUCCCGGUCAGCCUCACUUUAUGAUGCCGCUGCUUCAUGUGGAUUCAGUGGGAGAAGCCAUUGUGAACUCAUUGUACAGUGGCUUCGGAAGGACAAUCUAUCUGCCGGGCAUCAUGUCAUCUGUGACAGCUCUGCGAGCCGGUCCAGAGUGGCUCUGGCGCCUUGCAAGGGAAACAACUGCGAGCGCGAAGGACAUUGCGUACACGCCAAGGCAAAAGAUUGACGAUACGACUGGUCAAUUUGAGAUGGUGGAACCUGCGGAGAAGUGA